GUUGUGCGAGAUCGGCGCAUUGACGGCACUGGUGACAGGUUCGGUAUGCCCGACUUGCUGUGAACGGAAACUCGCCGUCCGAGAAGCAGCUGAGAAGCGCAAAGGACUUUCGUCGCACCUGGAGCUACGCUGCGAAAAUACCGACUGCCCUGAAUCUGUGCUUUCAUUCACGCACACGUCGAAGCGGAUCGUCUCGGCCGGCGCGUGCGGUGACCCCGGGGUGAACACUCGCUACGACAGCGGGAGCUCGCGCGACGGCUUUGCCGUAAACGUGAAGGCUGUUUUGGCAGCGCGUGCUAUAGGAGUUGGAUAUGACCAGCUUUCGCGAUUUUGUGCGAUCAUCGGCCUUCCAAAACCGCUGCAUCACAAGACAUUCCAUGCUAUUUCUAAGAAGCUCCAUGGUGCUGCAAUGGAAGCUGUUAGCCAAAACUUGGAACUGGCGCGAAAAGUCACGAAAGACGCCGUUGGCGGCGGCGAUGUGCCAGUCAUGUUUGACGGCACUUGGCAAAAAAGGGGCCAUAAAAGCCACAACGGAGUGGGCACAGCUGUUUCCCUGGACACAGGUCUUUGCUUGGACUUUGAAGUCCUUUCAAAUUACUGUCUUGCUUGCAGUAUCCACAAGGACAUGGGUGAUGAUGAUGAGGUAUGGCAAGCCUUUCAUCGUCCUGUAUGUGAAAAAAACACCGAAUGUUCAUCCCAUGCAAUGGAACCUGAAGCAGCAGUGCGCAUAUGGCAGAGGACUUUGUCAUACGAGACCCCACUGCGCUUCACAAGCUUCUUGAGUGAUGGGGACAGCAAAGCCUUUACUGCCGUCUGUGGGGCUGAGGUGUACGGUGACACUGUCAUCGAAAAAGAAGAGUGCACCAACCACGUUGCAAAACGCCUAGGCACUGCUCUGCGAAAAAUGACAACGCCACUGCCACGAGGUGAAAAGCUAACGGUCGCAGCCAUCCAGAAACUGCAGACAUACUACCAAAUAGCCAUAACAAAUAACAAGGGCAGUGUGCGCAGCAUGUACACUGCUAUAUGGGCCUCAUAUUUUCAUUGUUGCUCCAGUGAUGGGGCCAGCAGCCACAAAUUUUGCCCUGCUGAACCAGAUUCCUGGUGCAAACAUAGGCGUGCUGAAGCACUGGGGGAGCCUACACCACGCCACACCCCCUUGUUGACAAAAGCUCAGGGCUUGGCAAUUAUGCCUAUAUAUAAGCGCCUUACUGAUGAGAAGCUCCUGGCUCGGUGCCUUCAUGGCAAGACGCAAAACGCAGCAGAGUCACUCAACAGCAAGAUAUGGCUGCUGUGUCCAAAAACAAAAUUUGCUUCCCGGACAUCUGUGGAGACAGCCACGGCUAUUGCCGUGCUGUGGUACAAUAAAGGCCAUGCGGGCUUUGAAGAAGUCCUACAAGAGAUUGGAGUACUUCCCCCAGAAGAGUUGGUCACACAUAGCGACCAUUCUGAUGACAUGCGCGUAAAGAAAAUGAACUUGAAGCGAACCGCAGAAGCAAGGGCGCACCGUCGUAGCGCAGUGAAAAGGGCUCGCACCGAGGAGACCAACCGUAGGAGCCGGGAAGGGCCAAGCUACAGUGCAGGAGCAUUCUAGAAACUUUUGUGUGCUUUCUGUGAAGCUGCUCUUGAGUGUGACAAAGAUUAAUGCAAAAACAACAGGAUUUUGAAGAAUAGAAGGUUUUGAAACUUUCAAACCUGUUUUUCUCAUUUUCAAUUUUUUUGAUAUUUUCGUGUCUUCCGGGAAGCCUUUUGUACACUUAGAAUUGGUGUAUACUAAUGAAAUUUGGCACACAUACUCUUGAAGGUAUGUAGAAUACCGAUAUCUACUUGAAAUUUCAAUAUCAGUCGUCAGUAAUUACAAUAGUACGAAGUUAUGUCUCAGGGAACUAAAAGAAACAAUGGUCGAAGUGUCAAAAUUUUUUUCUCCCACUUCCUAUAACUGAACACGCUUUUUGACUAGAUAUCGGUACUCUGUGAUCUAGGAAGAGCUAAAUAAGCUAUAGCACGAUACCUUUUGUGAAAGUUUAGUUCAUAAAAAAGUGCCCGUAAAGACCCCUAUAAUUUGCACUUCAGUAUAAUAUAACUCGAGAACUAUAGCAGCUACACAAAAACUAAUUGGAUAUUUGAAAUCUGCAUAAAAAACUCUUCAGUUGGCUGAAUUUUGAAGUCUCUGGUACAAAU